AUGAUAUUUCAUGCUUCUGAUUUAGCUGUAGUGCAGGCGUACCGAGAGUACCAAACUGACAGUGCGCUGCUAGACAUACCAAAGAAUGAACAACUCAAGUUGCUUCAAUUUCGUCGUCAGCUGGCUGAAAGUUUGGUGUUGAGGAAUAAAAUUAUAAUCGGUAAUAAAGGACGGCCCAGUGGCAGUAGCCCAAUACCGCAAGAUCUAGCAAAAGACGGUGUUGGGCAUUUUCCUGCACAUGAUAAGGGACUUGGGACACGGUGCAAAAUGGUUGGAUGCAAGAGAGGAACCAGGAUUAAAUGUAUGUAUAAAAUGCAAAGUUCAACUUUGCCUUACCAAAGAUAA